AAGCAAAAAUCAUUGUACAAGACAGAACUGUGUCGUAAUUGGGAAGAAACCAACCAUUGUCGUUAUGGCGUCAAAUGUCAAUAUGCGCACGGAGCAGCCGAUUUACGUGAGUUGGAUCGUCACCCUAAAUACAAGACCCAGAAAUGCCGUACGUUUCAUCAAACAGGCGCUUGUCCCUAUGGUGCUCGUUGCACAUUUCGACAUUUCAAUCUUCCCGGUGAUGCUCUUGAAAUGAAGAACCGCGAUAGAGAGGAAGAAGAGGAAAGACAACGAGAAUUAAAAGAACAACAGUUGAGCGAAUCCAAGGAAGAUUGGUUUGUUGGUACAAACACCUUGGUUGAGCCUACCACUACCGUUACCAACAGCAACACGAAUAAUUUCAUGAGUGAAUUCAAUCAUACGGAUGACUCACUACUUUUACCUUCUAACGCUGAACUUUUACUUCCACAUGAACUCUUGUUUGACCUGGAAUCACCAGAGAAACCCGCUCGUUGUCCCUUACGUGAUUAUGUCAAUUUGCCUUCCUUUUCAACCUUUCAACCACAUCCUUCCCAAUUGCCCCAAAACGCCUUUUUCCGUCCUUGGUUGUUCUAA